AUGACCCCCACCCGCCCAAGAUAUCAGGGCUCCCGCCGUAAACUCGUUCUGGCUUUCGAUGUUGGGACAACUUACAGCGGAAUCUCGUACAGUAUCCUCGACCCCGGACAAGUCCCGGAGAUCAAAAGUGUGACGAGAUAUCCUGCUCAUGAGCAUAUAAGCGGUGCUUCCAAAAUACCAACGAUAAUCUACUAUGACCGCCGUGGAACCGCUCGCGCUAUUGGCGCGGAAGCCAUGCGUGAGGGCAUAUAUGAGAUUGCUGAGGAGGAGGCAUGGAUCAAAGCCGAAUGGUUCAAACUCCACCUGCGCGCCAACGGAAACGCAUCGCAGAACGUAACGGAUAACAUUCCUCCCCUUCCACUGAAUAAGACCGUUAUAGAGGUCAUCUCGGAUUUGCUCCGAUAUUUACAGAAAUGUGCAUCUAGCUACAUUCAAGAUACCCAUGCAAACGGUGCAGAUCUAUGGAGCUCCGUCAAAAAGGAAAUACACUACGUUUUAUCCCAUCCGAAUGGCUGGGAAGGUCGCGAACAGAGUCAGAUGCGUCGCGCUGCCGUCCUUGCGGGGCUCAUUAAAGACACCGAGGCCGGACAUUCACGCCUGUCUUUCGUAACGGAGGGCGAAGCGAGCCUUCACUUCUCUAUCCAUAAUGGCCUUCCCUCUAGUGCAAUGGAGGACGGAGAGGGUAUCGUUGUUGUAGACGCUGGAGGGGGUACCAUAGAUCUGAGCGCCUAUAAGCGAGGCAGAGGGGCCGACAAGAAAUUUUCAGAGAUUUCUGUGCCACAGUGUCACUUUCAUGGCUCCAUUUUUGUUACCAUCAACGCGCGACAAUUCUUAGAAAGAUACCUUGCCGAGUCACAGUUUCUGGAUGAUCUGGACCACAUCAUAGAGUGCUUCGAUAAAACCACUAAACUCAAAUUCCAGAACAUAAAUGGCACCCAGUACAUCAAAUUUGGAUCAACUCGCGACAACGAUCCCGCCUGUAACAUCCGCUUUGGACAGCUGAAGCUCGCCGGAUCUGAUGUCGCCCCUUUUUUCCAGCCCUCAGUAGACUGCAUCGUGAAAGCUGUCAUGGAGCAAAAGACGUUGGCACAUGAACCCGUCUCCCACGUUGUAUUGGUCGGGGGAUUUGCAUCUAGCGAUUGGUUGUUCGCGAAGGUCCACGAGGCGUUGACCCCGCACGGCCUCAAUGUGCUCCGACCAGAGAAUCACUUGAGUAAAGCUGUCUCUGACGGGGCUAUAUCCUUCCAUCUCGAUCAUCAUGUCACAACUAGGGUAUCAAAAUUCGCAUAUGGCACUUUCUCUCGCAUCGCAUACGAUCCAAAGAACCCAGAGCACCAAAAACGAAAAUCGACUCUUGCUGUGUCGGCUUCUGGUGAAAAGCGAGUAGUCGGUAUCUUCCACACCAUCUUGCCAAAGAGCACACCGGUGUCCGAAGUCAAGGAGUUCCGGAGGGUUAACCACCAGAGAUCCGACAAGAAAUCGACAUUCAAACGAUUAACGACCACCCUCGUUUGCUACCGAGGGGCUAAAACGGAUACGGCGAAAAUGUGGAGGGACGUUGAACCUGAAUACGAGACUGUUUUGCUCUUCGGCUUGACGGAGUUGAAGGCACAGAUAGCCUGGAAAGAGAACCACAAGGAUUGA